GGUUGCGAAACGACGGCCACCAACGUCGCAGCGAGAAGGCGAGAGACAGAACUGGAAGCCAUUGCCUCUGCCAUUUCCCCCCAGGAGCGAGCGAGCGAACAACCGCUUUGGAUUUGAAAGGUAACAACCCCCUGUCCACCACCCACUCGCUUCCUACGUACGCUAUCGACGAGGCACACGGAAAAAAGCUAACCUUGCUUCCCCGCCCGUUAGGCCGAAGUUUGCCAUUUCCGCUUCUUUCAACGGCAAUCGCAGUUCUGGCGCUCACGCAAGGGCAGCUUGUAGACGACAUACCCAUCGAAUAUCCCCCACAGAAACAACAGCGCUGCAAUGUUUCGCUUGGCAACAAAGUCCGCCGCGAGUCUGGCGCCUGCCAGCUGCCUGAGAGUGUCCGCUGCAAGAGGUGCUCGCCACUUCAGCCAGACGAGGCCAGCACGGGCAACUGUAGAGCUGACCAUCGAUGGAAAAAAAGUUUCGAUUGAGCAGGGAGCAGCCCUCAUCCAGGCCUGUGAGAAGGCUGGUGUCGACAUUCCCCGUUUUUGUUACCACGAGCGUCUCUCUGUCGCUGGUAACUGUCGUAUGUGUCUUGUGGAGCUGGAGAGGUCUCCAAAGCCUGUGGCGUCCUGCGCCAUGCCCGUCAUGCCCGGGAUGGUCGUAAAGACCAACACACCACUCGUGAAAAAGGCUCGGGAAGGAGUUAUGGAGUUUUUGCUGGCCAAUCACCCUCUGGACUGCCCUAUCUGUGAUCAGGGAGGCGAAUGUGAUCUCCAGGACCAGUCUGUGCGGUAUGGUUCCGACAGCAGUCGAUUUCACGAGGCCGUUGGGAAGCGAGCUGUAGAGGACAAGAACCUUGGUCCUCUUGUCAAGACGUGCAUGACUCGUUGCAUUCACUGCACCCGUUGCGUCCGUUUCUCCAACGAAGUGGCCGGAGCCGUAGAGAUGGGUACAUCUGGACGCGGAAACGACAUGCAGAUCGGAACGUACAUCGAAAAGACCAUCAACUCGGAAAUGUCCGGUAACAUCAUCGACCUCUGCCCCGUCGGUGCUUUGACCUCCAAGCCAUACGAGUUCACCGCCCGUCCUUGGGAACUCCGCAAGGUGGAGUCCAUCGAUGUCCUUGAUGCAGUAGGCAGCAACAUCCGCGUCGACUCUCGUGGACUCGAAGUGAUGCGGGUCGUCCCUCGUCUCAACGACGACGUCAACGAGGAAUGGAUCUCUGACAAGACCCGUUUCGCUUACGACGGAUUGAAGAGGCAACGUCUCACCACUCCCAUGAUCAGGAAGGGAGAGGACUUUGUGCCCGCCACCUGGCCCGAGGCCCUCUCUGCCGUCGCGCAGGGUAUCAAGGAGGUCAAAGCUGACGAACUGGUCGCAAUCGCCGGUCAGCUCGCCGACGCCGAAAGUCUCGUCGCCUUGAAGGAUCUCUUCAACCGUCUCGGCUCGGAGAACCUCCGAACCGACUCUCGCAACGUCGACAAGCUCCCUGCCGGUGUCGCCGAUUUCCGCAGUAACUACGUCCUGAACGACACCAUCAACGGCAUAGAAGAGGCCGACGCGCUGCUGCUUAUCGGCACCAACCCCCGUCACGAGGCGCCCAUCGUCAACACCCGCAUCCGCAAAGCGUACCUCACCAACAACCUCAACGUCGGUGUCGUUGGCGCUGCCCCCGAUCUCAACUACGAGUUUGACCAUGUUGGCGAUGAGGUUGGCGCUCUGGAGGGUUUGGUUAGCGGCAAGCACGCUUUCUUUGAGACCCUCAAGUCGGCAAAGAAGCCCCUUAUUGUUGUUGGAAGCGCGGUCUUUGAGCGUGCUGACUCGUCGGCUAUUCUGUCUUCCGUCGCGUCUUUGGUUGAGAAGCUGAGGAAGAACGUUGAGCCUGGCCACCAGAUCUACAAUGUUCUGCAAAGGGCCGCCGGUGCCACAGCAGCCCUCGACAUCGGCUACACCCCAUCCACCCCCACCCCCACAAAAGGCAAAUUCAUCUACCUCCUCAACGCCGAUGACGUCCUCCCCUCCGACAUCCCCAAAGACGCCUUCGUAGUCUACCAAGGCCACCACGGCGACACGGGCGCUUACUACGCCGACGUCAUCCUCCCGGGCGCCGCCUACACCGAGAAAACCGCCACCUACGUCAACACCGAAGGCCGCGCCCAGCAGACCCGCGCCGCCGUCGCGCCAGUGCAAGGCGCCCGCGAGGACUGGAAGAUCGUGCGGGCCCUCAGCGAGGUCAUUGGCAAAUCCAUCGCGUUGCCGUACGACGACGCCGCGCAACUUCGCGAGCGGAUGGAGGAAGUUUCCCCGACUUUGGUGGCGUACCAUGGAGGUGUGGAGAAGGCUACUUUUGCGGACGUGGGGUUGACACAGUUGAGGAAGGGGAAGAGCACUAAGGGUGCGGCGAAGGAGGGCAAGUUUGUGCUCCCCAUUGCAGAUUUCUACAUGACGGACCCGAUCUCGAGGGCUUCAGCGACGAUGGCGAAGUGCUCGCAGGUGAGACAUUGUGGACCUUGCUCCUGUUUACGAAUUUACCACUCAUUUGCUAACAUACAAUCCUCCCGGUCACGCUCAGGUCUUCACACACGGAAAUCAAGAAGCCGCCAACGAGACCUCGAACAAGUCUCAACAGCAGGCCGCAUGAGCAACGAGAGUCAGAAAAAGAAGAAAUACCCCGCCACGUUCAUAACACCUAUAGACCCCCGAUCCCGAAUCUAUAACCCUCCGUAACCGACCCUUUCACUUUUCGUUUUUAUAUGUCUUUUGCUUGAGAAUUGCAAAUGCCUUUUUCAAAUACUGUCUCGAUUGGAGGGCUUGGGAGAUUUUUUCAGGGGGUCUAAAGCGGGUCAUGAAUGGAGUUGUUGGCGCUGAUCCUAUCGAGUCGUCCCGAAGCCGGUUCCCUGGGGUCAUACACGCAUUCAGGCCGUUUGUAGACUGUGGAUGGCCUUUUCGCUGGCGGUGAGCCGGCUGAGGAAAGCUUCCCUGGCCGGCCACAAGGAUACGG